GCUGCUGCCGGCGCUGUCGCCGCCGCCGCCGGCUAGGCCCCAAAGCCGCGCCUCGGAGGAAGCGAGAAGGCCCGGCAGAGGAAGGCGGCCUGAGGGGGCUGAGGAGGCGGAGGCCGCUCCUGAGGAGAGGGGCGAGGGGAGGGACUCAGGCCUGUCAGCAGCACCUGUGGGGGGCAUUUGAAAAGUGGGGUGCGGGGGUAUCCCACGGAGCGAAGGGGGGAGGGGGGGGUCUCCUUCUGGUAGCAAGGGUAGGAAGGUGAGAAUAUACAGGUAUAUAUAUUCUCCAUAUAUAUGCCUUGAACACCCCAACUGGCUUUCUCUCUGUAUAUAAACUGCCUUAAACUCCCCAUAGAGAGAGAGAGAGCGCCUGUUGGGGAGUUUAAGGCAGGGGUGGUCACGGUGGGAGGAAUCUGCUCCAGGGAUCGGAAGACCCUCUAAAUAGGGGAGCUCUGAAUAGGGGAAGGGGUGCGCGCCCCCUACUCUGGACUGCAAGAGCUUCUGGGACAGAAAAAGGGAGAGAAAUCUGGUUCCUUGUGUCUUUUUUUCUGAUUGCAAGGGUGCAAUUAGGGUGCAAGCUCCCAAUUGCAAGGGGAUAGUGGGGUUGGGGGUCUUCAGCCUGGAACUGGUAGGGGUCUCUGCUUUUGGAGUGUUGCCUUUGCUGAUUUGCGAAGCUAGGGCAUUGUUUGGGGGUGCGGGUGUUUUUGGGGUGCCUGUGACUUUUUGAAGGCCUGCUACCCCGGGGAAGCGAAUCGUCGGAGGGCUGUCAUUGUUUUUUAGUAGAUUUGGGGUUGGGGCACAGCUGGUGAGAGGUGUGCCCUAACCUGUGGGCCAAAUUCUGGUUGAGGAACAGGGGAACCGGUGCUCAUCCAGGGGAGAAGCUAGCAGUGGCUCUGGGGUUGAGGAACUUGGGGUGGGGUUCCUGAUCAGAAAUUUCCCUUGGCACCCGAAUGAUGCCUGCGAGAAGAAGUUCCUAGGCUACGUGGCUGUCACGAACGUGGUGGUCCUUCGCAACCCGUUAAGCCACCCGCAAUGGCCUUGAGGGGACUCUGGCUCAUCGGCUACGAACAAGGGGCAUGUGGCACCGUGCUGUUUUCCAGGCGUUACCCCACGGUUGAAAAGCGAGCAAAAUACCUCAACGGAGCAAGUUAUGUGGCCGUGCCUGAAGACGGCCCUUUCCUUAAAACACUGCUUUUUGAACUGAGACUGGCCGAUGAAGACCAGAGCUUCAUAGAGCGUAGGGAUGGCUGCUCCCGAAUCAACAAGACUUCGGUCUAUGCCCUUCAGACCGAAAGUGGAGACCUUUGGCCUGUGGUGGCCUUCCAGAAGAGCGGGUUGGUUUACGCCGGCCUCCCAUUGGUAGAGCAGCCCUUGGCGCCACGUCCACCUCUCAUCAGCAUCAGUGGGGUCUCUCAGGCUUUUGCGGUCUUGUCGGGACUGCUGGCUUUCAUGAACUCCAGCCAGAAGAGCAAAGCAGAGAGGACUUCCAAAAUUGGCCAGCUCCCAGGCUUGCUUAUGCAGAGCUGUCCUCUUGGCACCCCGCUGGAUAUGAACUUGAACGGCUCGCCGUUGGAAAACAAUCACGUUGCUCCAAGUGGCCAUCCUCAGAAACCGCCAGCUUGGAGAACCAGCAUGUACAAGGGGAAGCCUCAAGUUAAUGUCUGCAUUACUGAAAAAGUCAAGUCUGUGCAGUAUGACAAAAGGGAUGUGUCAGACAUGUGGCAGGUUUAUGGAACUGUAACUUGCAAGUGCGACAUCGAAGGCACUGCUCCCAACGUGACCAUCAGCUUGAACCUCCCUGCCAACGGCUCUCCUCUCCAGGAUAUUUUGGCCCACCCUUGUGUUACGUCCCUCGACUCUGCCGUUCUGACUUCCAGCAGCGUUGACGUAAUGGACGACGCUGCCUUCAGUGGGCCUUACAAAUUCCCUUUAAUACCUCCUCCAGACCCCUUCGACCUGUGCUUUUAUACUUCCCAGGUGCCUGUUCCACCAAUUUUGGGGUUUUAUCAGCUAAAAGAGGAAGAAUCACAGUGGAAGUUCACCAUUCAGCUGAAGCUUCAUGAAAGUGUGAAAAACACUUUUGAGUACUGUGAGGCCCGUAUUCCCUUUCUCAACAGGGGACCCAUUACACACCUGGAAUACAAAGUCAGCUACGGCCAGCUUGAGGUGGCGAAAGAGAAAAGCUUGCUGGUUUGGGUCAUAGGACAAAAAUUCCCCAAGUCAUUGGAAAUUUCCCUUUCUGGGACUGUCGCUUUUGGCGCCUUGAGUCAGGAGCAGCAGAUUGACCCUGUGUGUACUGGAAGCACCGCUUACAUCAAACUUUAUUUUAGAAUCCUGGAUUUCACCCUGACCGGAUGUUACACAGACCAACAUUCCAUCCAGGUCUUUUCUUCAGGAAAACCAAAGAUCAGUACAGCUCGAGAAUUGCUUUCUUCAGAUUAUUACAUCUGGAAUUCCAAAGCCCCGGCACCUGUAGUGUAUAGAACUUUGCUUUUCUAAUUUCCCCUCAAUUUUGUACUUUAAAUGGGAAAAAAAGUACUGAAAUAUUUUAACUGAUCUGUUCAUUAUUUAAGCUCUGGUUUGGGGGGGGGGGAAACAACAAACAUCCUUAUUUCGCUUAAAUGUUGUUUAUUGUUUUGUGAGUCUGCCCACCCCUUUCGUAGCUACCUGUAGCCAAUGACAUUGUAUGGCUUUCUUUCACCACCAACACAUCAUCAAUGUUCUUCAACUGGUCGUCCUGCCUUUCUAGAAAUCUAGAUAUAGGAAUGCUAUGGAGUGGGAUCUUUAUUGGGGGGGGGGGCAGACUCUUGCAGGUGCUGUGGACCUUAGUGUAAUAGCCUUUUUAACUUCCUGUUGGGCACAACCAUCUCUCCUCUUUGGCCAAGCCCAUUUGUAAAGAAACCUGUAUGACGUAAUCCUGUUUUGAAAGUAACUCCGUGCAUGUGCAGAGUGCCUUUCACUCAACACUGAGCAACUGCAGUCUGGCGCUGUGCCAUUGGAAUUCUAGAGCUGGCCUUCCUUCCGGGGCUGUUCACCCAUUAGGAAAGACAGAGCAAAGUAUUUGAUUCACAACUCAAUUCGUGCUUCUUGAAAUGGAUCUUUAAAUCUACAAGCCUAAAGGUAAAACUACAAGCCUAUUACAUUAGUCGGUGCAAGUUGACAGGGGGUGAAAUCCUUUUCCAAAGGCCACAGUGCGGCUUAACGGCAUAAAAACACAAAAUGCAUAAAAUAAUGAGAAACAAUUGCCCCCCUCCCCCAUUUAAAAGGCCAUAGAUUGUCAGAUGCUGCUGCAAAGCAUUCUGACUAGCUUUAACAGCUUCCAAGCUCCUCUUCCAUAUAAACCCAGCAAGCCGAAGAACAAACUAUUCCAAUUUUUUUGAAACAGAGAAGUCACAAAAGCUGCAUGCUAAUUCUACAUUUUAAAAAAAUCCACUGGUAUCUUCAGGAAUACAGGAAACGGUUUCAGCAGGCUGUUGGAAUAAAUGGGCAAAAUUGUGAAAGGUGGGGGGAAACUUUGGGACCCUGGAGAGUAGCACAAAAGGAGAGACAAACAGCAUCUUUCAUCACCAGGCACAAUGGCCAGACUUUUGUUUAACUGUGUUGCUGUGUGAUAAAUAAGAUCAGUGAUUGUGUAUGGGGAGAAGUUUCAAAAACUAUAAUUUGAAAAACUGCUCAGGUUGAGAUACCAAUCUGACGGCUGGUUCAGCAUCAUAAAGAGGAGAUUGAUUAGCGCAAGCCACAAUGCUCGGCCAAAAAAAGACUGCUUGGCAAAACUUCUGAAAGGACAGCCAGGGUGUGCUGAAAUUAAAACCCCCUGUUUCUCAAAGAUACCAUCUAGGAGAUACCACCUGUAUGCAGACAUUAGUUUGCUUCUUGGUAGUUAGAAUAUGUGUGUAUAACACUGUGUACACACAUAAGGACAGAAGAGCCUGCCGAAUCAGGCCAGUGGCCCACCUAGUCCAGCAACCUGCUCUCACAGGGGCCAACCAGGGGCCAAUUGUGGGGAACCCACAAUUUGUCCAGUCCUCUUUUAAAGCCAUCCAAGUUGGUGGCCAUCACUGCCUUCUGGGGGAGAGAGUUCUGUGAAGAAGGACUUUCUGUUCUCUGUCCCGAAUCAUCCAUCAUUUUAACUCCAUUGGAUGUCCCUAGUGUUACAAGGGAGAGAGGGAGAAAAACUUGAUCCACUUUCUUUACAUACAGUGGAACCUAGGUUUUCAAACGCAUUCCAUUCCGGAAGACCGCUCAACUUCCGAAAUGUUCGAAAACUAAGGAUCAAUGGGGUGGCUGCAAAUAGAAUCAUAGAGUUGGAAGAGACCACAAGGGCCAUCCAGUCCAACCCCCUGCUGAGCAGGAAACACCGUCAAAGCAUUCUUGACAUAUGCCUGUCAAGCCUCUUGGUAGCAAAUUCCACUGCCGGACAGCUCUUACUGUCAGGAAGUUCUUCCUAAUGUUUAGGUGGAAUCUUCUUUCUUGUAGUUUGAAUCCAUUGCUCCGUGUCCACUUCUCUGGAGCAGCAGAAAACAACCUUUCUCCCUCCUCUAUAUGACAUCCUUUUAUAUAUUUGAACAUGGCUAUCAUAUCACCCCUUAACCUUCUCUUCUCCAGGCUAAACAUACCCAGCUCCCUAAGCCAUUCCUCAUAAGGCAUUGUUUCCAGGCCUUUGACCAUUUUGAUUGCCCUCUUCUGGACACGUUCCAGCUUGUCAGUAUCCUUCUUGAACUGUGGUGCCCAGAACUGGACACAGUACUCCAGGUAAGGUCUGACCAGAGCAGAAUACAGUGGUACUAUUACUUCCCUUGAUCUAGAUGCUAUACUCCUAUUGAUGCAGCCCAGAAUUGCAUUGGCUUUUUUAGCUGCUGCAUCACACUGUUGACUCAUGUCAAGUUUGUGGUCUACCAAGACUCCUAGAUCCUUUUCACCCUUUUCAAGUUUAUUAUUUAUACCCCGCCCAUCUGGCCGGGUUCCCCCAGCCACUCUGGGUGGCUUCCAACAAAAUAUUAAAAUACAGAAAUUCAUCAAACAUUAAAAGCUUCCCUAAACAGGGCUGCCUUGAGAUGCCUUCUAAAGUUCUGGUGAUUGUUGUUAUCUUUGACCUCUGUUGGGAGGGCAAAGUCAAUUGGGGGGAAGGAACGCACCUCGGAAGCUGCUCGACUUCCGAGGCACAUUUGAAAACGGAAGUAAUUACUUCUGGGUUUCCUGCAUUCGGGUUCCGAAUUGUUUGGCUUCCGAGACGCUCAAAAACCAAGGUUCCACUGUACAAGGUGCAGAUGAGUUGGUAAAUGGCUCCUGCACUGGGCCACUUCAGGUGGCAGAUUUAUCAUUCUGUUCCAGCUGGUGUCAUAGGAACACCAGAAGCUGCCUUCUACCGAGUCAAACCCUUAGUCCACCUAGCGCAAUAUUGCCUGCGCUGGCUAUCCCAGAUGCAAGGCAUGCCUCUCUCCUAGCCCUACCCAGAGACUGAACCUGGAACCUUCUGCAAGCCGAGCAGGUGCCCAGCCACCAAGCUACGAAUGUUCUCCGUCUCUUGGCUCCAGCGCCCUUCCUCAGCUUUGCCGUACUGGCUUUGAAAGCGAUUGGCCGAAGUAACGCAGAGCCAAAAGAAGUCUGGGAAGGAGCAGCUGAUUCCCCAGGAGAAGAAAUCAGGGGUGCGCAGGAGGAAGAAGGAGACUCCCCAUCGGUCGGCGCCAAGCAGACUGAGACGCCUGUUGGGAGGGGAAAGUCCAUUGCUCUCUGUGGUAAACUCUCCUCCCGUCGCAGGACAAAGGCAGCACCCCUGUGUGCAUUCCAAGGAGAUCAGCUGGACAUCCCAGCGCUGCUUUUGAUUCUGUCUAGAAACCUAUCUUUUCAAGAUAAUUUCUUUCACAAAACAAAAAAGUAAGGGGGGGUUGGGGUGGAAGACAAAAGUCUGUUUCCCAUUUGGUAGGUGACCUGUUUAAUGUUUUCUCUGUGUCUGGGAACUCCUUAGUGUAAUUACCGACCUUUGAACUCCCCAACUAAUCCGGAGCUAUUUUGUAUUCCUGACUCAUCUUGAAGGCUGGACCUCUCUUUUCUUCCGAGUCUGCUGCCACAAUUAAAGAAGAAACAGCUGCAUUUCAAAGAGAUUCCAAUUCCAGAAGCUAAAUCGUGAUUGACACGUUCUUAUUCUAAGCUAUAAGAAACUCGUAAGAGUCCUUUCUUGGGUUAAAACUUCAAUCAUUUUCUAAAAAAUUAUCUCAAUAUGGAUUUUAUUCAUUUUCUUUGAGAGCCAUUCUUUGCACAGACACACACACACUGCGUUGGUGGCAAAUAUGAACUGCUAGCAUAAGGGAGUCUUGGGAGUCUGAGCCAUCUUCUUGAGACAGAAAUGGGCAAAUUCCGUUUAGUGUCAAAAAUUACGAUUAGGGAAUCAGACACCUGCCACAUAGCCUAGCGUGGUUCCAGACAGCCAAAAGAUGAAGGAAGUGGGACGUUCUUGAAGUCGGACACCAACGGCGAAGGCUUCUCAUCAACCCAACAGUGAAAGCCGCCAAUAGGAAUUCACAGUUUUGCCAGUUUAGGAAUGUAUAAUCUCUUAUUCCAGUUUAGCAUAACUUCUUUCGGUUCCUUAACCCAAGGAGCAGUAGUUUUGCAAAAAUGCAAAUUAUUAGUCAUUAAUUCCCCCCCCCCCAAAAAAAUCUCUGAAUGUCUGCUUUGAAACGGCUAGCAAAAUAAUAAGAUAUUGAGAUAACGCUGGCAGCCGUUUCUGGAAUUGGAGGCAACACAGGUGGCCAAACUGAACAGUUGGAAGUAAGGAAUUGUGGAAAUAGCCAGGCUCCUUAAGUGGAUGCUCUGGGUUUACUAAAAAAAAAAAACCUUUUACAGAAUGUGCAGCCGCAAUCCAAAUACAUAAAAUUCACUUGAGU